AUGUUCAAAGAAAUAAAACAAGAAUUAGCUUAAAAAUAUAAAUAGUUAGAACUUGAUCAAAUUGAAAUUAUGUAGAAACUGUAGGCUUAUAAAGAGUCUGCAUAAAAUAAAUUAAAUUUAGAUAAUAAUUCAUUAUUAAUUGAUGAUAUAUAAAAUUCAUCAAUCCUUUUGCUUUCUAAUACAUAAAGGGAUAUAGCAGAUAGAACAAUUAUUGAAUUAAAAAAAGCAUUAGAAGAAAGUGAAAGAGAUAGAGAGAAUAAAAUUGAAUAAAUUAACGAAUUAAAAAAAUUAAAUUAAAAAUUAUAUGAAGAGUUAAAUAUAGCGAAAAACAAUGUUAUUAAAUAAAAUAAGUUAUUGAAUGAAAUCACUUUUUAAAAGGAAGAAUUGUUAAAUUAGAUAAAUUUGAUGAAAAAAUAUAAAUCAGCAGACUGUUCAUUUUAUUAAACAUCAAUUACUGAUAUUACAAAUUAAGAUAUAUCAAUAUAAAUGAAUAGAAAAAAAUCAAUGUCUCAAUAUGAAUCAAAUGAAUAAAAAGAAUUGAAACAGUAUAAAAGGUUUUCAGAUUGCGUUAAGGAUAUGAUAGUAAAAUUAUAACCAAAAUUAUAUGAUAGUAAGUUAAUUUAAUAAUAACCUUUUAGAUUAGAAUGUAUCACUAUAAGAUGCUUGGAAAUGGUUGAAGAUCAUUAUUAAUGAUUACGUUCAGAUAGCUAAUACUAUAAAAUAGUUAAAAUAGAUUUUAAAUGUAGAGUAGCCUUACAUAGUUUUGGAAGUAUAAUAAUUAAUCAAUAUGAUUGUUUAUAAAUAAUGA